AUGUCACGACCACCAGAUGAUGAUGGUGGCUGGGGAUCGUUUUCCGUAGCUGUAGCUGAAGAGCUACCCCCACCCCCAAGACCACCAGAGCCUGCUCCACGUACACCUCCGGCCGCUUCUGGCUUUGAACUAUGGAAAUCUACAACGAAGAAGAAAAAGAAGGGCAAGAAAGGCGCAGCUGUAGUCGAAGAGCCACCGCUGUUUCGAGAGAUGUUGAAAACGAUUCCCAGUACAAUGUUCUUACCACCUUUUCCCGAGAUGCGCAGGACGCGAGCUUUUGAUGACUCGGAAGGCGACGGCUUGCACUUGAUUGAAGUUGGCGAGGGAACCGCGAAAGAAACACUGGUCACAGAGAGCUUCAUCAUCCGCUCUGCAGCCAAAGGUGUCAACGGCCUCACCUUCGGCGCAACCUUCACCUACCACUUCCCCACGCGCCACAUGUACGCCUUCAUCCACAUGUACGAAAUCCCUCCCUACAUCGACGUGAUUCCCUCCCUCGCUUCUUCCCUGUCCUCCCCGAACUCCACACCCUUCCUCAUCCCUCUCUUCCUCCUGCAUGUCGACGCAGAGCAGCGUUACAAGUUCAUCACCAACGCGCACGCCACGCUGUUCUCGCUGGAGAUUCAGGCUGGGGUCAGAGAGAGUGCAAAUGAUAGGGAAGAAACGGAUUUUACUGCGUUGAGUAAGGACCUUAGCUACUUCAUCGGUAACCUGAGCUUGGUUGACUGGGCAUGUAAGACCAUGACGAGGCAGCUCGAGUUUAUUGGGGAAGUAAAGAAGAGAUACCGUACGCAGGCGACCCUGAGCGGCCUUGGAGAGGAAGAAAUUGAAAAUACGACGCGAGUGAUGGAGGAUGGACUAGAUAGCUUGGGAUGCUUGAACAAGAGUAUUGAGGAGCAGACGGAGUGCUUGAGUCAGAGGGCGCAGGCGCUGAUACAAACGGUGUACAGCGGCAUCGCCCAGCGUGAUGCCGCACUCAGCCAACUCGCCGCCAACGCCGCCGCUCGCGACUCCGCCAUCAUGCGCGUUAUCGCCGUUUUAACCAUGUUCUUCCUCCCUGCGACUACCGUGGCUACCUUCUUCUCCACCUCCUUCUUCGACUUCCAAGUCACACGCCACGAGCAAGUCUACUCCUGGUGGCUGUGGCUAUACUGGGUGACUACAGUACUUCUGACUGUUGCUGUCAUGGCAGCGACGUUUUGGUGGUGGCGGAAGAAGGAGAGGGAGUUGCAUAUGGCACAGGUGUUUGAGGAUGAUGGUUCGAAUUCCACUGUGGGGUUACGUGAGAGGAUCGGCCAGAGGGUCAUGAGGUUCAAGGGGCUGAGGAGAAAUAUGAUUGAGAACAUGAGCGACGAUGGACGCUGA